GUACAUGUGCAUUUAGUAAAUAAACAAAUAUAAUAAAGCGUCAGUUUAAUUAUUUAUUAUGAAGUUGAAAGGAAAAAAUGAAAAAAAAACCAUGGUCUGCAAAAGAAACUGAUAUACUUGUGGAUCAGUUUAUCCUUCGUAAGGACACCAUUAAUAGCAUGUUAUCUGCCACCAUCACGAAGGACACAAAAAAAGCUGCCUGGAGCAGCAUAGAGGCAAUAUUACAUGUGGAGUGCCCCGUUGGGAAAAAAAAAAGAUGUGGGCCACAUCAAGAAGAAGUGGAACAACUUAAUGAGGGAAACGAGGGCAGAAAUAGCCAAGCAUAAUUCUUCAAUCCGGGGCACAGGUGGUGGCCCUCAGUAUAGGUUGAAACAUAUUGAUGAAAAAAUACGGGACCAAGUGAUUGGGAUAAACAAUCCUUCACUGCCUGGCCACGUUAUUCUUGGAGGUGUUGAAUCAGAAACUGCUCCCAGCGAAGUGGACAACCAUGAUCUAGGAGCAGUUGAAAUCCUGGAUGAUACACACUACACCAUUGCAAUCGAAUUCAAGCAAGAGCAGAGCCUUGGUCAAGAAAGUUGCAGCGCUGCAACUCCAAGGCCAAUACCGACUUUAUCUGAAGCCCCCCCCCCCCAAAAAAAACAUCUCGCCAAGCUACCGCUGCAUCGAAGCGAUUUCUUUGCGAAGUAAGCGAUGAAAUCUCUCGCAAGCGGUUGCUUCGCGAGAAAAUCAAAUUGGCGCAGUCGGUAGUGGAGUUGCGCGCUGCGAUGGGGAACCCAAUGACUCUGGAUGAAUUUCCGGAAGAGUUGAAAAAGGUUCUGGCCGACCCCUGGAACCACAAAUAGUAAUUUAAUGCCUGUGUUUGUGUGUUGUGUUUGUUUUUUCUUGUCAAUGUUUGUAUAUUUAACCCAUAAUUGUGAA